AUGAUGGGAAGUCCGACUGCCUAUAUGAUUGUGAAGAGACAUACCAAGAAUCCUUCACGCUGCUUUGCUGUCUUUGUCUCUCCUUCGUCUCUGCUUCUGUCAUUUACCUAUUUGUACCCAUUUGCAUCGCUUUAUCCUUGGCUUCAACAUAGUAGUAUUAAGGCAGAACUGGCGAUGACGUUCAUUAUUUGCUCGGCAACAUUUUGUUUGACGGGCUCACUGCCAGCUGCAGCUCUUGCGGGUCUUGUUCACUAUGCAUUCGGACGUGUCAAACCGUACGUUCCUCCCUAUAAGCGAUAA